CUUCAACCCACGGUCAUGGCCCACUGGCGUCCUCCAACUCUUGAGGAUCUUGGAGACCGCUCGUUCGACAGUGAAGAGGAGUCUAGCAGUGGCUCUGAAUCAGCAGGGACAAGGAGCAGGCGAACGUCGCUACUGUCCGAAAGUAUCAGCGAACUUGAUUACUACGACGAGGACUCCUCCGACGAAGAAUUAGACGGUCAGAGGCCCCUCAAGCGUGCUAGAUGGGAUGAGCCAACGACCGAAGCGUCGUCGCCUCGAGUUGCGGCGCGCGAUUCGUUGGCGCCACCCUUUCUGGAGUAUCGCUUCGACAGCCCAUGGAGCCGAGCUCAAUGGUGGCAUUGGUGCGCAGACUGGACACGUUACUUCCAGACUGGAUUUUUUGCAUGGUCUUUGAUUCAUGUCUUCGUGGCCGCUGCUCGGGCCGUCCUGCAGCUGGCUUUGACCUGGGUAGGACUUCACAACAUGCGUGUUUGGGGUUUGAUACGUAUGUGUGAACAGCGUAGGUUCGAGUUGAAGAUGAUGGAAGGGCAACUUCGCGACUUGCUGCAGUAAAGUAGCAUCUCUGCCAUUUGUACUAUUGCCAGGACAGCUUUGGUAAAUUCACCGAGCUUGCAAGAGCAGGAGGUAUUUUCGGGGGUUGGACCUCAUGGC